GGCUCGGCGGCUUCGCGGCGCGCGGUCCUCGGGGGAGAGGAUGGGCCUGAGGUCGUGAACCGCCACUCGAGCCCCCACCCCACGGGCGGGGAGGGAAAAGUUGGGAGGCAGCCACGCGGGGACGAACGCCCGUCUGCGCGGCUGGAAGAGACCGGACGCUCGGUGGAUCGUCCCCGCCGCCGCCCUCGCCGCCGCGGCCCCUGCGUUACUGGGGGAGACGGUGCCGUUGCGACAGGGGAGGACGCGGCUGGAGCUCAAGGAAGCGCCAGCGCGCAGGCGCCGCCGAGCCCUGCCUGGCUGCUCAAUCAAGGCACUAAGGCAAAAAAAAAAAAAAAAAUCAGCAAUUUAUAGAAAGAAGAAGCUAUAGUCUGUCGGGAUAUCCAACGCCAACAGCAGGACUUACUGAGCGCUCCCUUUCUGGAGAGCGUUGCAGGACGGGGAUAUACAGGACUGCGAAUCGCCGGCCACGGGUCCGUUGCAGCACGGAAGCGAUCGCUCGCCCCAUCUUCGCGGUUUCUUUGGAUCCAUGUCAGCAGAGAAGCUGCCUCUAAAACCCUGACCGAGACCAACAGCCCUGGAAUAAAUAUGCUCUGAUGGCAAAUCCAAAGGAAGACAAGAGGAAGUAUGACUGCAGACCAGAUCCGUUCUCUCUGUGGAUUACAUUUUCAGUAAAAUGUACGGAUAUAUGUUUUCCUUGUUCUUACCUUUAGAUCAUGAGACUUGACUGAGGCUGAAUCCUUAUCUUCCAUCCAUCUAUGGCGAACUAUAGCCAUGCAGCUGACAACAUUUUGCAAAAUCUCUCUCCUCUAACAGCCUUUCUGAAACUGACUUCCUUGGGUUUCAUCAUAGGAGUCAGCGUGGUGGGCAACCUUCUGAUCUCCAUUUUACUAGUGAAAGAUAAGACCUUGCACAGAGCACCAUACUACUUCCUGUUGGAUCUUUGCUGCUCAGAUAUCCUCAGAUCUGCAAUCUGCUUCCCAUUCGUGUUCAACUCUGUCAAAAAUGGCUCGACCUGGACUUACGGGACUCUGACUUGUAAAGUGAUUGCCUUUCUGGGCGUCUUGUCCUGUUUCCACACUGCGUUCAUGCUCUUCUGCAUCAGUGUCACCAGAUACUUAGCCAUCGCCCACCACCGCUUCUACACAAAGAGGCUGACCUUUUGGACGUGUCUGGCUGUGAUCUGCAUGGUGUGGACCCUCUCGGUGGCCAUGGCGUUCCCCCCAGUUUUAGAUGUGGGCACUUACUCGUUCAUUAGGGAGGAAGAUCAAUGCACCUUCCAACACCGCUCCUUCAGGGCUAACGAUUCCUUAGGAUUCAUGCUGCUGCUUGCUCUCAUCCUCUUAGCGACACAGCUUGUCUACCUCAAGCUGAUCUUUUUUGUCCACAAUCGAAGGAAAAUGAAGCCAGUCCAGUUCGUAGCGGCGGUCAGUCAGAACUGGACUUUUCACGGCCCCGGAGCCAGUGGCCAGGCAGCUGCCAAUUGGUUAGCGGGAUUUGGAAGGGGUCCCACACCACCCACCUUGCUGGGCAUCAGGCAAAACGCAAACACCACGGGCAGAAGAAGGCUGUUGGUCCUAGACGAGUUCAAAAUGGAAAAGAGAAUCAGCAGAAUGUUCUAUAUAAUGACUUUUCUCUUCCUGACCUUGUGGGGCCCCUACCUGGUGGCGUGUUAUUGGAGAGUUUUUGCAAGAGGGCCGGUAGUACCCGGGGGAUUUCUAACAGCCGCUGUCUGGAUGAGUUUUGCCCAAGCAGGAAUCAACCCUUUUGUCUGCAUUUUCUCCAACAGGGAGCUGAGGCGCUGUUUCAGCACAACCCUGCUUUACUGCAGAAAAUCCAGGUUACCAAGGGAACCUUACUGUGUUAUAUGAGGGAGCAUCUGUACAUCUUUAGCCUUGUGAAACACUAACCUUCUCUGCUAAGCAAUUGUGGCCUGCAGCCAUAUCUUGAGAAGAAAAUCAAGAAUGGAAUCAGCGGUGAAAAGGAUGUGGGCAACAUUCCGCAGUCUAUAAUCCUAUUUUAAAUCUCAAAGUGAUCCUGCUGACUGCUGGUGAAGGUUUGUAAUUAAGACAAGACUGAACCACUGCCCUAAGUUUCUUUCUGUGGUUGAAAAAACUAGAUAAUGAAAGUAGCAGGUGCUAAGUAAUCAGUGCUAAAUGCUGUGUAUAUCACCACAUAUGAUAAAACAAAAAACACAUCAAAACCAAUUAGUAUUGGACACCUUAAUAAAUUAAGUUGACAUGAGGUAAAUGUGUUGAUAAAAUCUAAUUUUAGAAGUUUGAAGACUUUCAAACAUUUCAUACUAUUAUUGUUUUGCAAAGACUACAAUCUUGGGGGACUUAAAGUACUGUAAUCCACUAAAAAUGUGCCACGAAUUAUUGGAUCCUCACAUUAAAAGAAAAACAAAACAAAGAAUUGCCUUGUAAGUUUGGGGGAGCAAUCCAAGGCAGUACACUGAUCCCAGUAAGAGUUUACUUUUCGGUUUGCUUUUUGGGUGUAUUACUACAUUACUCUUUCUGAAUACCACUUUCUUUUCCUACUCGUGAAAUCCUCGCAUUGCACUGUAUACUGUUUUUUGUUGUUGUUAUUGUUGUUGUUGGUUUGGUAUAAAGUUUUUUCCAAUUCAUUUAUAUUUAUGAAUGCUAGAUAUUGGUCUGAAAGGCAACUAUAAGGGCACCAACAGGAGCAAUUCAAAGAAUACAGAAUAAACACAUGUUGCCUUCAAGGGUUAGCUAGUAUCUUACAUCUUCAUUAGCAUUGGAACAAAUAGCCUAGAGACUGUGAGAGUCAGUAACUGGUCAUGAUCAGGAGUCUGGAUGUGCAUGGAAGAUCGUUGAAUACUCUUUUUCCUUUCCUCGCCUGGUUGGAACAAUUUCAAGGUAUACAUCACCUGGAUACUGAGGUUUUCUCGUGAGGUGUGCUACCCAUUCUAGUGUGUUCUAAGAAGCAGGCUGUUGAUGUGUGUUCAUAUUUUAAGUCAGCUGUCAAGGGGAGACCACAGCCUUAGUAUGUCACCCUGCACAAUUUGUGAAGCAUUUAUUCUACUGAAGGCACAGUCUUGUUUAUAUUUUCUGCACAUUCAGUGUAUUUGGUCAUUUAAAUUAUUUCAGUUUUAACUUGUGAAAGCUUAUAAUAUUAUUUCUGGUAUUUUAGAAAUACAUUAGAGUCUGUGAGUCUCAUUCUUUAAGAUACAGAUGUGUGAAUUUCAAUAUAAAGUUGCAUUUGCCAAAAUUUACCCGUGUAGCCUGUUAAUUUUCUUGGAAUAAAAUGUUAUGUUUGGGGCAUUUAA